UAAAUAAUACGAGGCGGAGGACGAAGAAGAAAGAAGAAAUGACUUGACACCAGCCAGACGAGUACAAGGACGGUGGAAGACGAAACAGGAAAACAAAGCAAAGCAGUAAGCCAUUCGUUUUCUUUCGUUUCAAGAGCUACAUAGGCUAGGCAUUUUGUCUUCGCAAUCCGUUACCAAGAAACUUUAUUCGUUUCUUCUUCACAGAAAUGAUCGAUGGUAGGGAGAAUGAGAGUAAUAAGAAUGGUUUGGACGAGGGAGGAGCGAAGGGUGAUGAAGCGAGCGGCAGCAGUGUGAAGGAGCGGCCACCCAACCCUCAUGGGAGCGCCUUUCGCCACUGUAAUAACGCGCCUCCCUGUCUCGUUCGCCAUGCCUCCCUGAUGAAACCAAUUGGCGAAACUAUACGUACAACAAAGAAUAGAGGUGGUGUGACAACAUAUUUCAUUCCUGUUCUGCGUUCUGGAGGGUGGGCUGAUAUAGGUGUUCGCCAAAAUAUGGAGGACACACACGUAUGCAUUGACAAUUUUGCAGACAAAUUUGGAUGUUCUUCAUUAGGAGAUGGUCCGUGGGCCUUAUAUGGGGUGUUCGAUGGACAUGGAGGGAAACAUGCUGCCCAGUUUGUUUGUGACAAAUUACCAAACCUCAUUGUCAAAGAUAUGCACUUUCCUUCAGAAGUUGAAAAAGCUGUGAGAAGGGCAUUUUUGCAUAUAGAUACUGCUUUUGCUGAGGCAUGCUCACUCAACACUUGUCUCUCUUCGGGUACCACGGCUUUGGUUGCAAUGAUUUUUGGAAGGUAUUUGCUAGUUGCAAAUGCAGGCGAUUGUCGAGCUGUGUUGUCAAGGCAAGGGAAGGCAAUUGAAAUGUCCAGGGAUCACAAUACUGAUUGUUCUAGGGAGAGAAAACGUAUUGAAGCAUCUGGGGGCUAUAUUGAUGAUGGGUAUUUAAAUGGGCAUCUAACUGUUACAAGAGCUCUUGGUGACUGGCACAUGGAAGGAAUGAAAACGAACAGUGUUGGUGCAAGGGGGCCUCUGAGUGCAGAACCAGAGCUGAAACGGAUAACAUUGACAGAGGAAGACGAGUUUCUAAUUAUUGGUUGUGAUGGCCUCUGGGAAGUAUUUAGAAGCCAAAAUGCAGUUGACUUUGCACGCAGGAAGCUACAAGAACAUAAUGAUCCUCUUGUGUGCUGCAAGGAACUUAUAGAUGAAGCAUUAAAACGUAAGACUGCUGACAAUCUUACUGUAGUAGUGGUGUGCUUCCAUACUGAGCCUCCCACCAAUCUUGUUGCCCCCAGGCAACCGGUCCGGAGAAGUAUAUCUGCUGAAGGAUUGCGUGGGCUGCAAAGCUAUUUGGACAGUUUGCGCGAUUAAAAUCUCUAUUUGAUUGCACAAUUAGUAAACGAUGUUGUGGUAAAAGGAUGAUAGCAACUAAGUUGCUUAUAGACAUCCUGUGGAUGGGUGGACAAUAGGAUUUAGUUUAUAGGGUUGAUGAAUAGUAGCUGGGAAGGUGUUGAACUGUACCAUAUGAGGCAAGUUUUGCAAUUUUUUUUGCUUCUUCUAGUUUUGUUCAACUAUGUUCUUCAAACAGAGAUUGCUUCUGUUAGAGAUGGCAAUGUAUUAUAUUGCUAUCCAUUGGUAUCUCUGUUCCUCUUAUUUCUGUAGCAAUAGCCGUAAUAUUAGGCAAUAUCUAAAGAUUGGUCUAAGAACGUCUGUAAAUAUUGUGCAAGUUUUAUUUUGCAAGUUUUAUUUUUCUGCUGCUUCUUUAA